AUGCUGAACGGCAUCCCCAGGUCCUGCCACCUGUUGGUCGCCUUGCUCUUGUCGGUGGGGAUGGAGGCAGCGGUCGCGUUCAACCCUCCUCUGAGCUCGAUGCUGAACCGAAGGGAGGCGAUUUCUGACCUCGUUACCAAGACUCUCCAGUACACUGGGAUCACUCAGAUCCCUAUCUUGACCGGCAGGCAGACAGCGGCCCCAAUGCGCAACCUGGUUGUCUUUGACUUCGAUCACACCCUGAUCGGGGUUGACUCGGAUGAGCAUGUGCUCGGGCUAUCGUCCGACAAGGAUGCGGCCAAGAGGAGGUUGGCAGAGGCGGGGGCAGCCAAGAGGUGGUGCGAAGGGUUCGCAUCGGAGCUCGAGUGCUUGCAACGCGAAGGAGUGACCAUGGAUAGGAUCAAGGAGGCGCUCGUGGAGAUCAAAGUCGACGAGGAGCUGAAGGAGACCAUUCACAGACUGGGAAACUUGGACGGGGUUGAGCUCAGGAUCUUGUCGGAUGCCAACAACUGGUUCAUCUCCACCGUUCUGCAGUCUAACGGGCUGGACAAGUACAUUACAAAGAUCGUCAGCAACGUGGCUGAGGUGGACGGAGGGUUCCUGCAUGUCAAGCCCUACCACACCUCCCCGCAUCCUGAGGGCUCUUCCUCACCCGCCAACCUCUGCAAGGGCCGGGUGAUGCGAUCGUGGCUGGACGAGGUCCGCUGGGACCAGGUUGUCUACUGCGGGGACGGGCCUGGAGACUUUGAAGGAGCGGUGAAUGUUCCGCUGAACGGAAAGAUUCUUGCAAGGAAGGACUGGCCUUUGCAUCGGCUGCUGGAGAGGAGCAAGGAGGUCAAGAUGGCUCAGGUUUUGCCCUGGCAAGAUCACAAGGAGCUUGCUCGUCUCCUCUCCAAGAACGUGGAGAUGCCUGUGCUUGCCAUGCAGCGGAAGCAGUGGGACCUGGCGGGCUCGAGGAGUUUGAGAUGGCAUGAGGAAGGAAAGGCCGUGCGAGUGAUGACGUGA